CCCAUCCCGGGCGCGGCGGGCAGGCGGCGCUCUGCGGCCGGGCUGCGCGGGGGCUCCGGGGCGGUGCGGCGCGGGCUUCUCUGCUUCUUCCUUCUCCUCCUCCGCGGCGGCGGGCGGCAGAUGCGGCGGAUCCUGGGGCGGCUCUCGCCCGCAGCGGGCUCCCGUCCCCCCGCCGCCCCCAUGGACGGCAGCGGGGGCAGCAGGCGCGCGUAGCUCGAAAGGCAUGCCCCAAACGCUGAGUUCUACCAGUAUGUUUACCCCAUGUGGCUUCAGCCCUCAUCUACAUACUGCAAAAGAAGAUGAACAAGGAGGACUGAUCUUCCAGGAUGGAAACCUUACCUCAGCAUCUCUGGAUGCUCUAAUCCAGCAUCUGAUACCUACCACUGAUUACUACCCUGAAAAAGCUUAUAUCUUUACAUUCCUGCUGAGUUCCAGACUCUUCAUUGAACCCCAUGAGCUUUUGUCCCGAGUUUGUCACAAGUGCAUUGAGCAACAGCGGCUGGACGACCCUGUGCUGGACAAGGCACGGAUCAGAAAAUUUGGACCCAAAAUCUUGCAGUUGCUGACAGAGUGGACAGAGACAUUCCCGUAUGACUUUCAGGAAGAGCGAAUGAUCGGCCAUCUGAAAGACAUGAUUCACAGGAUAGCCCCAUGCGAUGAGGCCUACUGGAAAAAGAUGAAUCAGCUUUUACAAACCCUGAAUCAGAAGCUUGCAACCCUCAGCCACGGGCAAGAAGGGAUUGUCAAGAUCAGUGCUGCUGUCUCUGAUAAGCUGGUUGCCUUUAAAACUAAACCUCCGUCAAUUCAGAGAGAAAUCCUGAGCGUCUGCAGUGACCCCUAUACUCUGGCUCAGCAGCUGACACACGUGGAGCUGGAAAGGCUAAGUCACAUUGGACCCGAGGAGUUUGUGCAGGCAUUUGUACAUAAAGACCCUCUGGAUGGCACCAAGACUUGUUUCAGUGAACAGAAGAAGACGAGUAACCUUGAGGCCUAUGUGAAAUGGUUCAAUAGACUCUGCUAUCUUGUGGCAACAGAAAUUUGCAUGCCUGCAAAAAAGAAACAGCGAGCACAAGUCAUUGAAUUUUUCAUUGACGUUGCCCGAGAGUGCUUUAACAUAGGGAAUUUUAAUUCGCUGAUGGCAAUCAUUUCUGGAAUGAACAUGAGUCCAGUUUCCAGGCUAAAGAAGACUUGGUCGAAAGUGAAAACAGCCAAGUUUUUCAUUCUUGAGCACCAGAUGGACCCUACUGGUAACUUCUACAACUACAGAACAGCGUUGCGGGGCGCUGCUCACCGAUCACUCACCGCACACAGCAACAGGGAGAAGAUUGUGAUCCCCUUCUUCAGCCUGUUGAUCAAAGACAUUUAUUUUUUGAAUGAAGGAUGCGCUAAUCGCCUUCCAAAUGGACAUGUCAAUUUUGAAAAAUUUCUGGAGCUGGCUAAGCAAGUAGGAGAAUUUAUAACAUGGAAGCAAGUGGAAUGUCCCUUUGAACAAGACCCUAACAUCAUCCACUACUUGCAUACUGCUCCCAUUUUUACUGAAGAUGGUUUGUAUCUGGCUUCCUAUGAAAGCGAAAGUCCGGAAAACCAGACAGAAAAAGACAGGUGGAAAUCCUUAAGAUCCUCUAUUUUAGGAAAGACUUGAAGAUUAAGAGAUUAUUGCAGUAGGUCAAGGAAAAGAAAUCCGCAAACAUUUUGCACUACUGAUUCCAAAGAUGCCUGUUUGGGAUUUAGACAAUUUCUUUUGUUUGAGUUUUUUGUUGUUUUUUUGACUUCCUGACAUGACGGGUGAACUGGAUUCAUCCACUGAAAGCAACAGAACUGUAUGCACAAUGACGCUUUUCUAACUAUGAGAUAUAAGAGGAAGGACAAACAGACUAUUUGUGGCUGUGCCCAAACUGCGUCAGGAUCACCGUAAUUUUUGCCUCUGGAAAAUAAAACAGAAAACCAGGACCAUUGAGAACAAUGGCACUGCAAAGGAGAAUGGAGAAAAGGAAAAAAAAAGAAAAA